UGGUGACGGUGGGAUGACGAGGAGGAGGAGGAGGAGGAGGAGGAGGAGGAAGGAGUAGAGGGAAAGAAGGGACAGAAGAAAAGACAAAAGAUUCAUUAAACUAAAGCGCUCUUGGACGACAACAUUAAUUCCUCGUAAAGCUUGAACUCCUACAAGUGGAAGGAAUGGGCGGCUUUCCAGUGGUCCUGCUCCUCUGCAGUCUCCACGCGCUCACAGCUGUAGCCCAGGACCAGCCGACCGUCAGCCCUGCUGCUCCUGGAGGCCCCUUACCAGCCAGCUGCAGGGAGGAGAUGUACCCUUGCACCAGGAUGUACUCGGUUCACCGGCCCAUCAAGAGAUGUAUCGGUGCUCUUUGCCUCUACAGCCUUUCUCGUGUUUACGUGAUCAACAACGAGAUCUGUGUGAGGACGGUGUGCCAGCAGGACGAGUAUCUCAAAGCCGAACUGUGCAGAGAGCUGUCUGGGUGGCCCAGGCGCAUUGAGAGGUCUUCUAAUAGGAAACGAUGUCUCAAUCGCCGGGGCAACCCCAAAACCUGGGCAGACGAGGCCUGAGGGGGCGCCCGGAUGGCGAUGUGACCACCUGUGAGGACGCAGCCUCUCUCAAGACACACAAACCAGGGACGUCGUCAUAAAAACAGCCCAUAACACACUAAAUCCACCACUCAACAGCCGGGGGGGCUUAUUUUCUUUCACACGUAGCCACAUGUGUGUUGAGUCAUAUCUGAGUACUCAUUUCAUUUGUGUGUUUUUGGAAACGCGUCACGUCCUCCAUGGUUGGAAGCCCAUUUAAGGUACUGUAGUAACCAUUAGCAGCACUGAGUCAUGUGUGUACUCAUUGACAAACCACGUGAGAUCUAAUGUAUACAAAAACACACAUAACUACAUUUGAUUAUGGGU